AUGUCAUCAGCCAACAGCAACCCCCCAUCGACCACAUCCGACGACAGCUCUUGGCUCCUGAUCAGCAGCACAUCUACCUCUUCCGACGUCUCCUACGUCCCCAGCGAGGCUGGCAGCAGCGAGCAGCACUACAGUAUCAACCCAAGUAGGAACCGUCGACGCAUCGAACGUGCAGAGGAAAGCCUCUAUCAACUCGAGUCGUGCCGGGCGAUGAGCAGCGGGACUUUCUCCACGGCUAACAGAGCACGCGAGGCACACGAGACAGCAAGAACCGAUUCGGUUCCGCUUCUCAACAGCUCCGACACUCCCCGUAGCGCUCCCACGACUAAACUGCCCAGCAAUAUGACCCGAACGCGCAACACCCACAGCUCCCCGCGGGGGCAAACAUCAGCCUCCAGAGAGUUCGCCUCACCCGGUGCAGCCUGGGGUAGCCGUGCCGAAUCCUCGGCCGGGCGUCGUAGGCAUGAGGACGGCUCAUCGGCGCAGGACUGGUCCAGCGUGGCGGCGACCGUCGAUUCUUCCGGGCCGGCCAGGAGGGAGGAGCCUGGCGGUGGCGGGUCAGUUACCGCUAGAGCAUACGGCUCGGGCUCAAGCGCCGAUUCGGGGUCAGGGGCUGGCUCCUCUUCUUCAGCCAGAAGGGAGAGUAGCGGUGGUGCAGGCCUGACGGAGCGCAACGUGAGCCAGGCGUCCGAGUUUUACGAGCAGGUAAGACGGAAUAGGGACAAGAUCAGUGAGCCGGAGCAGGCGCAGACGAGGGUGGCUGCUGCCCAGGCGGAGCUGGCUGAGAUCAAUAAAAAGCUAAGUGACGGUGGAAGAUGA